AUGUCAGCCUCUCCCAAGAAGAUCCACCAAGUCGCUCUCUUGCUCUUUCCAAAUGCCGAAAUCCUUGACUUCGCCGGCCCGGUAGAAAUGCUUUCAACUACUACCUACAACAACGACCUAUACAACCCAGAAUUCGCGUUUAGCAUCCACCCUAUCGCUCACGCGCCAACGGUCACUACGGGAAAUUGCUUGGUAAUUAACGUUGAAAUGACGAUCGAAGAGGCGACGAAGCGCGUUGAAGAGUUCGACGUCUUAGUUGUACCUGGGGGGCUUCCGACUCCGGAAAUGGCGAAGACUUCGUGCCCGGAGAUUGAGUUUAUCAAGGCUUUCAACGACGCGAAUCCAAAAAGGGAGAAUGGUGACGAGCGGAUCCAGCUUUCUGUUUGCACUGGAGCUCUGCUCAUUGCUGCGGCGGGUCAUUUGAAGGGGUUGAGGGCUACCACGCAUCAUUCAGCAUUGGAAGUGCUCAAGGAAAUCGAUGGUUCGAUUGAUGUUGUUCCUACUACCGGCGAUGGUGCGGUAGGUAGGUAUGUCGAUGGCGGACUGAAUUCGAAGAGAAUAAGAACUAUUACUGCUGGGGGCGUCACAUGUGGGCUCGAUGCCGGAUUGUAUGUUGCUGAAAUCAAGGUUGGCAAAGAGGCCGCAGAGAAUGUAGGAAAACAAUGUGAAUACAAAUGGAAGUAA